ACAAUUGAGCACCAUUCACAUUCAGUUCGGUCUACGGCAGGUUCGACAACGAUUAAAACACGAACACACAAACACGAUGAAAGUAAUAUUGUUUUCGGCGUGCGCAUUCGCGUUGUGCGCCUACAUUUUAGCAGCAGAAGAUUCAGCUGAGAAAGCAAAAUCAGAUGAUAACCAAUCCAAGAGAAGCGUAUCUGAAUUUGAAUACGGACACGGCGGUUCUGAAAUUGCGAGCAGCAGCUACGGACACGGAGACUUCAGUGCCGGAUACGGAGACUUUAGUGCUGGACACAAUGGUUACAGUUCAGGAUAUGCAAACAUCGGUGGAGAUUACGCAUACGGUGGUCACCAACAACCGUCAUAUCAACACCAUGUACCCGUCAAAACCAUAACCAAAAAUGUGCCACAACCGUACCCCGUGGAAGUAGCAAAACCAUACCCAUACCCAGUUAAGGUAGCCGUUCCAGUUGACAAGCCGUACACCGUGGAAGUACCAAAACCGUACGCUGUGCACGUCGAGAAACCGUACCCCGUCAAAGUUCCAGUGCCCCAUCCAUACCCCGUUGUCAAGGAAGUGCACGUACCCUACAAAGUGCCCGUCGAUCGCCCAUACCCCGUGCACGUAGAUAAACCGUACCCGGUGUACGUCGAGAAGCAAGUGCCAUACCCGGUCGAGAAACAAGUGCACGUGCCAGUCAAUGUUCCGGUCGACCGUCCAUACCCAGUUCACGUACCCGUCGAAAAGAUCGUACCAUACCCAGUCGAGAAGCCAGUCCACUACCCGGUCAAGGUUCCAGUUGAACGUCCGUACCCCGUGCCCGUGGUGAAGAGUAUCCCUUACCCGGUUGAAAAGGAAGUUCCAUAUCCGGUGUACAAGACGAUCCCGUAUCCAAUCAAAGUGCCGGUCAAAGUCGCCGUUCCAGUUCCGUACCCGGUCAAGACAUACCAGCCCGAACACUACGAACACCAAGAACAUUAUGAAGAACACGAUUACCAUCACGGUAACAGCGAAUAUUAAGCUAACUUAUAUUUGAAUCUAGUCAUAUUCGAGCUCAAAUUUGCUGUUUACAUUUAUUGUACAGAGCAUAAAUCAUACUCAAAUAUUGUAAUUAUAUGAACAAUUAAGACAAUGUUUAUUUUACAGUAAGUAAGUAUUUUAUGAUCGAGUCGUAUAAUGAUAAUUUGUUAAAUGUUAUUUUCUCUGAAUUGAAAAGAUCUCGAUAGUUGAGUCGUCACAAUAUUAUUAUACUAAACCAAAUAUGUAAUGAUAUACUUAUAGAAUAAUAUUUGCGUGACAAAAAAAUUUAACUAUAAAAGUUUUAAUAAAAUUGUGUUUAUAUUUUUUUUAUACAUAAAAAUUAUAUUAUGUUUGUUUAAAAAUGAUAUACUAUAUUCUGUUUUUUAUACUCUUUUUUAUAUUAUAUUAUAUGUUUAAUAAAAAGAAUUAUUUUUAUA